AUGGAUUCUGCUACAAAAGUUCUGUACGAUCUGGGAGAAGAGCUCAUGAACUUAAAUUUCGGUGCCCUCACUCCGGGCUACUAUCUGAAUGAAAAACUGAUCAAGAUCGUUGACGAUUUCCUACCUGAAGAUAUCACGCCAGCACAAGGACGGCUUUAUGUCUCGUUAACUAUAAGAAAAGAGCGAAAGAAUCACCUUGUAUGUCAAUUUAAAAAUAGAGAGCACUUGUUGCAAUGUUUAAUGGCAAGCUGUUAUAUUCCUAUGUACUCGAUGGGUUAUGGUGCCGAGCCACCUAUUAUUGAUGGCCAUGUAAGUACAUUGUAUUUUAUUAUUUAUAGAAUUAAUAAUACUUUAAAAGUGAAGUUAAUUCUAUGGUUCAACUGCAGUUCCAAGAAUUUUACCGGUAUUUUUUUAAUACAAACGACACUAUCGCAAAAGUAAGG